AUGCCUGAUAAAGUGGGAAUACAAACAGGAACAGAGCAAAUAGCUUCAUCGAAAGCCCUCCUAUGUUCGACAAGGCUUGAGUUGACGCCGGUAAUUCUCCUUUCUGUCGAGAUAUUCCCCAAACGAGAAGUAAGAGCCACUGUAAUAAAGAAGCUUUUAGCUUGCCCAUUAGGAAGGGAAAAGACGGAAAACGAGAAUGGUUAUACGAUCCACAGAGGAGGAGACUGGAGCGACGUUAUCCUUCCUGCAAUACCCAGCGAACAGUUUACCCAAAGCAUGUUCUACCUGAUCAAGAAUCUCGAACCCGCGAGCCAAUACGAAGCUAGAGUGCAGGCCAAGAACAGGUUUGGAUGGAACGAGAUGUCAGAAAACUUCUUCUUCACUACAAAAGGGGCUGCUGAUCCUGAUUUUCGAGAUUUAGGAGUUAGGUCACUGAAUGGAAGUAACAAAUUCACAUCUUCUGCUGUUCUGAUUAUCAUCCUUGCGGCGUUGCCUAAGCAGUUAAAGAAGGCCGUAUAUGUUAGUGUUAUUAGACCAGUGGUGACAUAUGGAAAUGAGACAGAGUUCCUUACCAGGAAAUCAGAAAAAGUGCUCAAUAUUGUCAACUGCAUCAAGAAGAGUAGAAUUAGAUGGUUAACGAAUUUACAGAAGACGGAAAGCGGCAUAUCCCGAAGAACCUUCUGGAACAAUACCCUGGUGGAGGACGAAGUAGAGGGCCUCCCAGAUUGCGGGGACUGGAAGAUGUGGACUAAGACUUAA